AUGAUUGAUGUAUCGGGCAUUGAUCGGCUGAAGGAGCUGCACCGAGACUUGUCCGAGAAGAGCAUUCAGGGAUGUGCUCCCCCCUCACUCACCUUACUUCCCUCUCAUCCCUCCUCUCCCACCCCUCUACAGCUCUGCAUGUCCAGUGCAUUGAGGGAUGCCCUGCGCAAGCUGUGGGAUGCCAACUUCUCGGCGGAGAUGGGCGAGCAGUGGCUCCUAUCUUCCCCCGCACUCUCCUCACUCCCCUUACUCCCCUCCCACCUCUCCCCACCCAUUUCAACCCCUCUGCAGCUCUGCCUAUCCAGUGCAUCCAGUGACGUCCUUCGCAAGUUGUGGGACGUCAACUUUAUCGCCAAGAUGAGCGAGCAGUGGCUCUUCCUCUGUCUGGCCAGUGCGUCACGGGACAUCCUGCGCAAGCUGUGGGACGCCAACUUCCUGGCCGAGAUGCCGAGCAGUGGCUCGUCGGAUGUCCUGCGCAAGCUGUGGGACGCCAACUUUCUGGCCGAGAUGGGCGAGCAGUGGCUCUUCGUCACUCCUGCCGAUGCCGUCAAGCUGUGUCGCUCCGUGGCCGUGGCAGCGCCUGCUGUGAAAGAACAGGAUGAGCUGCUGGCGUCCGUGCAGGUGUAUGACAUCUAA